CUACUUAAAGGUUAUGACCCUGAAUAUAUGAAGCAUGGCUGAAAAACAUAAUACAGUUUCUGAUGAUGUCGUGGAAUAUUUCCUUUUCCCGAGGUUGUCAGAUUUGUCAGAUGAAUCAAAGAGUGAAGACAACUUAAAUGAAUUGCUAGUGAAAUAUCUAACCACGUUAAGUCCGGAUCUUAUUGAUGUUAUCUGGCAGAACGAGGGGUUCCAGCUGUCAGCAGUGAGUGAUUCUGGUGCUCUCCCUGCCCACUUCAUCGGACAGACCAACUUCGGGGAGAACAUAGAGGAUGAGUGGUACAUAGUGUACUUGCUUUAUCAACUGACUCUGAGGUUCCCGGGGCUGGUGGCUAGGGUACACGACACUGACGAAGAGUUCCUGUUGAUAGAGGCUGCAGAUGCCCUGCCCAAGUGGCUCAACCCGGAGACCGCUGAAAACAGGGUGUACAUUUACAAUGGAGAGCUGCAUAUCAUUCCUAUCCCACAAUCCCCAUCUGAUGUUGCUAAGUUCCCGCAUGGUGUGACCAGCGUACGGGACGCCAUAGAAUGUAUCCGGAAAUACCCAGAACAGACUCGGGCUGCAUGCAAUGUGCAGAUUCUCAUAAAUAACCGGAUCAAUAAAUUUCCAGGCCUUGUAAAGGAGCACAAGCAUUAUACCCAUUGUUACAUUCCUGCUGUUAUGGCUGCAAUCCUUGACGAGAAACCAGACUUACUUGCCCCGGCCGUGAGAGCUUUUUACUACAGAGAUCCCAUUGAUCUUAAGUGCUGUCGAACGUUCACCUACUUCCGUCCUGGAACCAGAAUUCUUCAUAGGACUUGCAUGACCAGGUGUCUGUAUGCCCAACUCGUGCACCAGAGCUUCCAACCAGACAAACGCUCCGGCUGGAUAAUGCCCAGCACUUCUAGCCCCAAGUUUAGGUCGCAUGACCUAGGAAUGAAACUUGCCCAUGGAUUUGAAAUACUGUGCCACAAGGCUGCAGAAGAUGGGCACAGCACUCCCACCAAUGAGAAUGUGCCUACCAACAACUCUCGCUGGCAACAGUAUCUGAAGUCCCUCCAGAAAAACAACUACUUUCGGGGCGAGCUGGAGGGUUCUGCAUUGUACAAGAAGUUACUGGAUGAUGCCUUGAAGUUUUACAGAGUAAACAUGGUAAAGGGCGUAAGGAGACCGGAUGUGGGAAGUCAGAUACUCCAUCUUGUGAAAACACUCAAUGUGGAUGUAGAGCAGCGCCGUCUGGCUGAGCAGGACCUGCCACCACCUGAUGAUGACUCCUGGAUAACGCUGACCACAGAGACUCUGGACGCCAUGUUGUCAGAGCGCGGAGGUAACCUUGACAACGUUGAUGACCCAGAUGGAGUGUUCAACAUUGGGAAGGUCGCAGACAGCAUGAACGCUUUUGUGAAGAAAAUCUCUAGUGUGGAUGGUGCUGAGUUCCCAGGUGCUGGAGAGGAUGAUGAUGAUAAUGAAGACAUUCAGUUCGAUGGCAGUGGCUUCAUUACAGCAAUGCAGGAAAUGUUUGAAUUCAAGGACAAUGACAGUGUAUCGAGCUCAGACAUGAGCGAGUAUGGUUGGGAAGAAGAAGAUUCAGAUGGCGAGGGUAAAACCAAGUCCCAGGGCAAACAGAGUAAGAUGAAGCGCCCACCCUCACUUGACCGAUACAUGGACGUCAUGGAUAAAGAGCUCGCAAAAACUGAAGUUGGCAAGAGCUUUGAGAGACAGAGUAAAGUACAAACCAAGAAGACUUCAGAAAAAGAGACUGGAAACAAGCAUAAGCCUACAAAGGCGAGAGACAUUGACGAAGAAGAUGAUGACUUUCAGCCGGUGGACAUCGAUCUGAACACAGUGAGGAACUUCCUGGAGUCGUACGGGGCCCAGGAGGGGCUGGCAGGCCCCGCCUCCAACAUCCUGGGCAGUAUGGGCAUCGUUCUGCCUCCUAACAUGGAUAAUCUGCCCACACCGACCAAUGAAAACAGCAGUAGUGCUAUUACACCAACUUGCUCUGACAAUUUUGUUGUGACUGCUAAAGACCCCAAACCUAAGUCAGCAACGGUUACGCAAUCAGCAGAAAUGUCUGCAUCAAAACCGACGCCACCUGUACGUCCAGUGGUUCCACCACGUCGCAACACCCCGUCCGCGCCAAAAUCGCCCGGCAUCAAACCCCCUGCACGACCUCCACCACCUAGCAAGGACAGCAAGGAAACAGAUGUUUAGGGAAUCUUACAGAAUGGUUGCUUACAUGUUACUAUGGUAGUGCUGUUUUUAGCUCAUCAGUGCAAUGGACAUGGUGAGCUUUAGGGACUGCCUUUUGUCUGAUGUGUGCAAACUUUAAAUUUUAAAGGAUAUCACCCAAACCAUUGAGCACAUUUAAAAAUUACUUCAAUGGUAAGCUUCUAAGGCGACCCUCUGUCAAAGUUGUAAAACUUUUUCUGGUCCAGUGUGUAUAUAAUUCACCAGAGAUAAAAAAUAAAUUAAUAAAUUUAUAACAGCUUCAAUAAUCUUUUCUCACACAGCAGUUUUCUUUUUUUGAUGUGUAACAUUGUAAAGUAGUUCAAAUUAUUUGCCUGGGGUCAAAAUAAGCAAUGCCCCAGGGUUCACUUGAUUUAUGUAGACUUGCAACGUUUGCAAUCUCUGAAACAGCAAGGGUCAGGGCUGAAUAUUUGUUGUAUAGUCCUCUGCCAAGUUUAUUUAACUCUUGGGUUAACUUGAUUAUCUUUCAUGUUUAUUGAAAAAACCUCCAAUGAGGCCUAUUGCUAUUUGGCAUGCAAUAUCGUAUGUUGGUCCUCUACCAAAUUUGUUUCAAUAAUGCUCCUUGGGUGAAAAUUGGCUCUGCCGUAUGUGUUUUUUUCCUCUACCGAAUUUGUUCAACUCAUGCCAUGGUGUUAAAUUUUGUUAAAAUCAUGCCCAAUGGAUCAAAACUGGCCAUGCCACAGGGGUCACAUGGUUUAUGUAGAGUUAUAUGGAAAAGUACUGGUAACUAAAAAUUUGAAACCCACACCUUUUAAUUAUUGAUAUUUGACAUUUGGUCGUGGUACUCUACAAAGAUUGUUCAAAACAUGCCUCUUGAGUUAGCACCGGUCACCGGUGAGCGAUUUAGGGCGACUUUUGCCCCCAUGUGUUUUCUUUGGCUAUCAUUUGCUAUUAUUACCACAGCUAUAUAUUUUUUAUCAAACUUAUAAUUAUAAAAUACUACCAGUGAAUUAAAUGUUUUAUAUCUGUAUGUAGAAUUUGCUUUACAUUUGUAAUAGUCUGAAAUCUUUGGCUUAUUUUUUAAUUUUUCAAAUUAAUUACCAGAAUUAUUCUGGAAUUCAAUUUACAAUGUGUUGGUCUUUAAAGAAGAUGCCACAAUGUCAAUCAUAUUUGAACCAAUUUCCAAGUUUACCUAAAACUUGCAUUUGAACAUCACAUAUUAAGCAUUUGAAUCUUCCAUCAUAGAAUUGAGCACAUGCAUUGUGUUGCAUAUGGUAAAAUGCACAUGGUAAUUAGGGAGGAGUUUAAACUUUCUGUAAGAAAUCCCUGAUGUCUGUUAUUACAGUCUUCACCUUAACUGUACUAUUUUAUGAUACACUUUUUAACCAGGUUUUCCGAAGGAAAAAACUGGUUAUUAGAUUGGCGAAUGCGGGCGGGCUGGCUGGCUGGCGGGCUGGCGGAACAAGCUUGUCCGGGCCAUAACUAUGUCGUUCAUUGUCAGAUUUUAAAAUCAUUUGGCACAUUUGUUCACCAUCAUUGGACGGUGUGUCGCGCGAAAUAAUUACGUCGAUAUCUCCAAGGUCAAGGUCACACUUUGAGUUCAAAGGUCAAAAAUGGCCAUAAAUGAGCUUGUCUUGGCCAUAACUAUUGUCAUUCAUUGUGAGAUUUUAAAAUCAUUUGGCACAUUUGUUCACCAUCAUGGGACGGUGUGUCGCACGAAAGAAUCACGUCAAUAUCUCCAAUGUCAAGGUCGCCACGACUAAAAAUAGAUUU